CUUCACAAUAAACUAAGUAAAACCUUGGACUGUUUGUCUGACUAGUUAAAUAUCUCGAUCUUGUUUGAAGCAGGCCCUAGACUUCCCACGGCACUAACGUCUGAUUCUGGAGCAGGACAUCUUGGAUCUACAGUCGCAGUUUGUUCACGGUCUUCUUCUCAGAGUGAGACCUCAUACUAUCACUGCAUAUCUCUGAGCCGUAAGGAAACGUGGCUUUACGGCGCUGUGCACGCCGCAAGUGCGCGUUCACAGUAUUCUUCAGUAGAUGAAUGAAGCAUAAUCAUGUCUGCUGCCGAACCUGUGCCCGAGUCGGUCCCAGAGUCUCUCCCCGAGGCCCUGAACUCCAGCGCCGGUAAUGGUAGCGAUGCGCUGAACGCCACAGUCCGGUUCACGGCCACACCGGAGGGCACGGCGCUGGCCUACGGGAGCCUGCUCUUCAUGGCCCUGUUGCCCAUCUUCUUCGGUGCCCUGCGCUCUGUGCGCUGUUCCAAGUCUAAGAAUGGAGGGGAAAUGCCGGAGACCAUCACGAGUCGAGAUGCAGCACGGUUCCCCAUCAUCGCCAGCUGUACCCUCUUUGGACUCUACCUGUUCUUUAAACUGUUCUCUCAAGAGUACAUCAACCUGCUCCUUUCCCUGUACUUCUUCGUCCUGGGAGUUCUCGCUUUGUCUCACACCAUUAGCCCGUUGAUCUCUUCAGUUUUUCCAGCUUCAUUCCCAAACAAACCGUACCAGCUCCUUUUUACCCAGGGCACAGGAGAGAAUAAGGAGGAAAUCCUGAAUUAUGAAUUUGACACAAAGAGUUUGGUGUGUCUGCUGCUCAGUUCUGUGGUCGGGGUGUGGUACCUGCUCAAGAAGCACUGGAUAGCCAAUAACCUGUUUGGUUUGGCGUUUGCCCUGAAUGGCGUCGAGCUGCUGCACCUCAACAACGUCAGUACCGGCUGCAUCCUGCUGGGGGGGCUGUUUGUCUACGACGUCUUCUGGGUGUUUGGGACAAACGUGAUGGUGACUGUGGCCAAGUCAUUUGAGGCUCCCAUUAAAUGGUUCAUGGAAAUCCUGGAAAAAGGAUUUGCAGGUCAUGGAAAUCCUGGAAAAAUCAUGGAAAUUGAAACUGUCAUUUUUCAGGCCUGGAAAAGUCAUGGAAUUUUAGUAUCUCUUUCACACAACUACAGCGUUCUGUUAAGUUCUCAUUAGGCUAUUAUGAUGAUUUUCAAACAUAUGCGCCUUUUGUUUAAAAAAGACGACAAUAAAUUCACUGACAGUAUUUUGAAUGUUAAAAAACCAUAAUAUCAAACCAUAAGGUGAGUGGAAAGGGUUAACAUUUCAUAUUUAGCUCUAAAAAUAUGAUCAAUUCUACACAUUUAGGUGCCGUAAAGUCAUGGAAAAUUCACUUUAGGUCAUGAAAAAGUCAUGGAAAAGUUUUGAAAUUUUGUCAGUAAAAAAGAGUGGGAACCCUUUCUGUAGUAUCAUUUAGUCUUAAUAUCAAGUGUCUUUAGUAUCAAGUCUCUCUAGACCAAAAUCUGAAGUACGAUUUUAGUUUUUUUGCUGAAUUAAAUGUAGACAAUAAAUCAUAAUAUUGAAAUGAAUUUAUGCCACUAACACAAUAUCGCUUAAGCAAAUUUAAACCACAAAAACUAUACUAAAUGCACAAUAUAGUUAAAAAUCAAUGAAUAAAUAACAGAAAGACACUUUAAGACCCCCCCCGC